AUGGACGCGUCCAAAGCUAAAGGCGAGUGGAAUGCGCUUUGGACGAUGAUGCUGACUGAGAGCCAAGAGGACCAGCGAAGUUACCGGCAUAAAGAGCAGCAUGGAAUUAAGCGCAAGAAGAAUGGGGAUCACGACCACGGCAUCAUGCUAUCUCGAAACUUGUCUUCCUCUCUUUCUCGUCAUAGCAGCAUCAAUCAGGAUUAUGCUAAAAGAGCACGACAGGUUGCUACCACCAGCACAGAUUUGUCCGAGUCAGGCAAAGGCAUAAAUAGUCGACAGAGUGGACGUUUUUUUAAGAACGCUUCGAAGGGAUCAAAGCUCAUGCAAAAGAUGCUGAAAACAUUUCCACUCACGGAACGAUGCAUUGAACUGUCUGAAAUGACAGUUAUAAGCGCUGAGGAGGCGAUCAUGCAGAAACGAAAAUUGAGCAAGGUAGAAGAUGUUAGAACUUACGCUUUGUCCAGCUCAGAGAUUUAUCAAGAUAGCGUCUUUGACGCAACAAGCGUUACGAUGUUACCUUGGCUUUUCAUCACAUACAAUUGA